AUGAAGCCAGGGCCCGCUGCACCUCACGCUUUGUCUCUUUGGAACUUUAGUUUGUCGCCUGGAUGGACUGGAGACGAGGUUCACCGCUUGCGUCUGUGUUUGAUGGUGCACGGUGUUGGGCGCUGGUCCCAGAUAGUACAGAGCGGGUACCUUGUCGGCAAGACGAUCUCCCAACUGAACCUGCAAACGCAAAAACUCCUGGGACAGCAAUCGCUCGCAGAGUUUACUGGGCUUCAGAUUGAUCCGGCUGAGGUUUUCUUAGUGAACAGGGAAAAAAUCAAGGCCGGGGCGAAGACGAAGAUGGGUUUAGUAAUCAACGAGGGUCCGAAUCCCUCUCGAGAAGUGGUCGUUGCACGCCUGCGCGAAAAUCGCGAACGAUUCGCCCUCCCUGAAACGCGUGUUCGUGAAGCAGAGUUCGAACUACGUCUUUUGUCUCGUGAGCAGCAGUGGCAAGACGUUCAUACUCUGCUGCAAUCUCUUCCUGAGGUCCAGCAGCAACGACUGCACCAGCUCCUUGCCGGAGAGUGGCUCCAGUUGCAAGCCGCAACUUCGCCAUCAACAACGCGUCACUGGGUUCAACUUGAAAGUUUAGGUCAUAUCGUGCUGCCAGGAUUUGCAGAAAGGCGACAAAUGUCAGCUGAGGAUUGGCGUGCGUAUCAGCAGCAGCUAGAGUGCAUGUGUGACGCCGUCCAGCGCGUCCAACAUCGAAUCACGCAAGACAAGGAGAACUGGUUAUGUGCUGAUGCCUCGACUACAGAGCAAGGACUCGAAGGCUCCGAAGCUCCUGAACCGAAGAGGAAACGAACAGUUGGUGCGAAGAGAGCUCGAGGGGCACCAGUUUCGCAGGGUGAAGACGUAUAG